AUGAAGACAGUGACAAUGCUUUUGUGUCUUAUCACGAUGCUCUUAAUAGACUCCGCAUAUUCCAACACGGUGAUGCGUCUCGACAUGGCGCACCGCGACACACUCUCACCGAAGCCUACACCUUUCCAUCGCAUUGAAGACAUUAUGGGCAUGGACCAGAAGCGUCACGGCCUCAUUUCUCAGAAAAUAAAAACAAAGAAAGGUGGAGCGAGAAUGUCUCUGGGAUCAGGUUUCGACUUCGGGGAAGCGCAGUAUUUCUCGGAGAUUACGGUCGGAACGCCGGCAAAGAAGUUCAAGGUGGUGGUGGACACAGGGAGCGAGCUGACAUGGGUGAACUGUAGGUUCCAUGGGAAAGGAAAGGAGAAGCGUGAAGUCUUUAGAGCAGAGGAGUCAUCGAGUUUUAGAAAAGUUGGAUGCAUGACAAAGACUUGUAAGGUUGAUUUGAUCAACCUCUUCUCCCUCACCACUUGCCCUACCCCUCAAAGUCCAUGCUCUUAUGAUUACAGAUACGCAGAUGGGUCAACAGCACAAGGUGUAUUCGGUAUGGAUACAUUCACAGUUGGCCUCACCAAUGGUAGGGUAGCUAGUAUCCCUGGCGUACUCAUUGGCUGCUCCACAACCGGUACCAGCUUCCAUGGAGCCGACGGUAUCCUUGGCUUAGCCCUUAGCGAUUACUCCUUCACUUCAAAAGCCACUAACAUCUUCGGAGGCAAAUUCUCAUACUGCCUCGUUGACCAUACCUCCAACAAAAACAUCUCCAACUAUCUCAUCUUCGGCUCCACCCCCUCGUCUACCACCAAAGCCCCCGCAAGAAGAACCGCUCGGCUUGAUCUCAAUCUCCUUCCUUCCCUCUACGCCAUCAACAUAGUUGGAAUCUCCAUCGGAGAUACCAUGCUAAACAUCCCUCCCAUAGUGUGGGACGUAAAAAGAAGUGGUGGAACCAUCUUGGACUCAGGAACUAGCCUCACGUUAUUAGCUGACGCAGCGUACAAGGCCGUGGUUUCAGGGCUAGAGCGUUACCUUGUUGGUGUAAAAAGAGUCAAACCAGAAGAUGUACCAAUAGAGUAUUGUUAUGAUACGAGCAAGUUCGACGACAGAAAGCUGCCGCAGCUGUCGUUUCAUUUCAAGGGUGGUGCUCGUUUCUCGCCUUUUCGUAAAAGCUACCUAAUAGAUGCUGCUCCAGGAAUCAGGUGUCUAGGGUUCGUGUCGGCCGGGGCUCCGGCUACUAAUAUCAUCGGGAAUAUAAUGCAACAGAAUCAUUUGUGGGAGUUUGAUCUUGCGGCCUCGACCUUGUCAUUUGCUCCUUCUACAUGCCUUUAGAUACCCAUUUAUAUUGGUGUUUUAAUACUAGACAAUAUUAGAAAAAUUGUUAGUGAAAGAAUAAGAAAUGUUAUCAAAACUUAUUAAGGC